GGACUCCUUUUUAGCAUUUCUUUGUGAGGUAUUGGAAGCUGGCGCUUUUUUUAUCGGAGGAGAACCGUUUACUAUAUAUCUCGCCCGGCCACUGCUCGGCCAUCGCCAUCAUGAAAGCUUGAUCUAAUUUUAGCUGAACGAAAAAAGUCGACGACUUGGAGGAUCCGAGCUCUUGAAUUUCUCGAGAAAUUGUUCAAUUUUGCGAUUUAGAUUACGUUAUCUUCCGCAGGAAAGUGGUUCUUUGUAUGCUGAAAGAAGAAUCUUUGUCUUGCCUUGAGUUUCUUUUCUCAAAUUUGAAUUAGUUUAGGAAGAAUCUGUGAAAGAUCCUCCAUGUUUUUUUCUUUCUGGCGCAAUUGGCUGUUAGAAAAUCAGGAAGUUUUGGGCAGGAGAGGGAAGAUAAGUUUCAAUAUAUGCUAGGUUUGUGAUUGUUUGACGAACAUGAGAUUUCUAAGCAUCAUGGGAAAUUCAUUUGGGUGUUCGGUGUCUGGAGAGAGAUUGGUGUCUGCUGCAAGAGACGGGGAUUUUCUGGAAGCAAAAGCUCUGUUGGAAUAUAAUCCUCGGCUUGCUAGGUAUUCUACCUUCGGGGUACGGAAUUCUCCCCUGCAUCAUUCUGCUGCUCAGGGUCACCAUGAGAUUGUGUCGCUGUUGCUUGAAUCUGGUGUGGAUAUUAACCUGAGGAACUUCCGGGGGCAGACUGCUUUGAUGCAAGCUUGUCAAUUUGGUCACUGGGAGGUUGUUCAAAUUUUAAUGUUUUUCAAGUCUAAUAUUCACAGAGCAGAUUAUAUCAAUGGAGGAACAGCUCUUCACUUUGCAGCUCUAAAUGGUCACAGUCGUUGCAUUCGUCUUCUCCUUGUUGAUUACGUUCCAAGCUUACCUAGCUUUUGGAACAUUAUGAGGAGGUCAAACACUGAUGAUUCCAUGGUAGAAUUUGAUGAAGGUCCCCUGCUUGAGGUAGUCAACAAAAAGGCGGAUGGAGGCAUCACUGCUCUUCAUAUGGCAGCUUUGAAUGGGCAUGUUGAGAGUGUGCAGUUACUUCUAGAUUUGGGAGCUUCUAUUUCAGAGGGCACUAUUGAAGAUGGAACAUCAAUCGACUUCUUAGGUGCAGGAAGCACACCCCUUCAUUAUGCUGCCUGUGGUGGAAAUGCAGUCUGCUGUGAAGUUCUCAUUGCCAGAGGAGCUAGCUUGACAGCUGAAAAUAUCAACGGAUGGACUCCUUUGAUGGUUGCUCGGUCAUGGAAUAGAAGUUGGCUUGAGAGUAUUCUGAGCCAACAAGGGACAUCGUUACACAUUCUUCCUUCGCCAUACUUAUCUCUACCCUUAAUGAGCAUCAUGACAAUUGCUAGAGAACAUGGAUGGAGGGGAGACAACCUGUGCCGUCCUAGUUUUGAUCCUUGUGCCGUCUGUUUGGAAAGGACAUGCACUGUGUCUGCAGAAGGUUGUAGCCAUGAGUUUUGCACUAGGUGUGCGCUUUAUCUCUGCUCGACCAAUACCACAUCUACCAUUAUUUCUGGUCCACCAGGUUCGAUACCUUGCCCUCUAUGCCGGAAUGCGAUCAUCUCAUUUUCAAGCUUGCCAUGCAGUAGCCCAAACAGCGAACCAUCAAGGAGCAGCCUAUCACUGUCCUUAUGCACGGCAUGCCCGGUUCUCAGAUCAGAAUCAGAUGCCGCAAGGGUGAUCCAGUCAUGCCGGCCUGAUUUCGGCUGCGCCGGGAUUCCCCCGCUUGGAUCUGCUUCCUUUAGAGCUCUUAGCUGCCAGAGCUUUUCAUCCAUAAGGCAGAGCCCCUCGUUCUGCAUGGGGGCUCCAGAGACUAUUCCAAGCCUUAUAAGAUGCUCGAGGUCAGGUUUGUCUCGAUCUUCUUCACAGAGAGACAGCAGUAGAAGGCUUUGGAUCUUUGCUGCCGAUUAGCAUGUGAGAUUUAAUUUUUUGGUUUUUGGCCUCAGCAAUUCUUUGUUCCUAUUCUUUUAUUUGUGUUUUAUUUGCUUGAUAUUCAUCUUUAAUUAACAUGAAAUGAUUUGAGCUAUAAAACAAUAUAAAUAAAGGCUAUGAAACCAUGUUAUACAUUUCAGAUAACGGUGCCAACAAAAUCCUUACGUGGGAAAACCACAUGAUCAUUUAUGAAAUAUAAAUCUAUUUAGCAAGUUUAUUGGUUCAGUUACAGACAACAAUACUGUUAUUUUAAAUUAUUAUAAUCAGCUCCUGAGGGAUAGACAGAGGUUAGAAAGUUGAUGAUGCGAAUAAAUAUAAACGGAACAAAAGACGGUAAUGACUAACACUUAUAAUUUAUGAAGCCUUGCAAGAUCAAGAAAAAAGCAUGAAGCUUAAGGAUGACAGAGAGAAGAGGAAUGAAAGACGACCAAGAAAAGAGCUCAAUAGGGAUAGCGUCGGUAGUGAAACACGCAUUCUCUGCUGCUAUUAUGAUGCUUCCUUUGCUUUUUGAACAACAGCAAUGUAUAAGUCAUCUGUAAUAAUAUUGAGCAGAUAAUAUGAAGAAUGGGAUCAUGUAGGACUCCUUGUGGCCAUCUCCAAGAGCAUAGGUGGAAGAAAAAAUAGCUAAGGAUCAUGUUAAGUGUUGAAGGCAUCGAGAGAGCUUAUAUA